CUCGUCCUAUGGAGCCCCUCGCCCACACGGGUCGUGAGGAUUUUGUCUACUCGAUACCAGUGGAGUCCCCCGUCGCCGUCGUCGUCAAUCUCUACUUCGCUGAGGUAAACAGACGUGUCCUCGCUAAUCAAAGCAUCGUUGGUGACAAGGAUAUGUACGAUAGGUCAUCCACAAAGGGAAACCGGGACAGCGUGUCCAAAACGUCUUCGUAGAGAACAACCAAGUGCUCAGUGAUUUUGACAUCUUCGCCACAGCUGCGGCUCUCAUCGCCCCCGAAGGCACCAAGGUAUAAAAGACCGGAUUGACCCAGAACACCUAUCUGCAACCUUCAAUUGUCUUUUCGCCUGCCAUUCCUUCUGAAAGGAGGUCAGGUAUAUAUCAAAGGACACGAGAACGCAGGAUGUCGUUGGCAACUCCACCGUGACUGUCUACAACGGCCCAGACGAGCCCUUCGGCACCAUCGUCAAAGUCGAGACGCCCAUGGCGGUAAUCGAGGACAACAGCAUUGACAUCAGAGGCGAUGCGGUGAAGGGCAAGUCAUGGCUCACAGCCGUCGAGGUCUACGCCACAGAAGUGGUGCUGGAUAUCACCGUCACGGCUGAUAGCCCCACACAGACGGAACCGUUCACCGCAAUUGCAUUCGCACCGGGAACGCCCACACAGGUGUGUCAAAUCGAAAGAGUCCCAGCACUCCACUCAACAACCCUCCUGCCUCUCUGGCUCACGGUGUGUUCUUGCCUGUCAGACGCUCACGAUUGAGAACAGGGACAGCCGCGACGUGAAGCUUCCCAUAUCAUUCGAGGGUGGCAGCGAUGCCCAAUUUACUUUUGUGCCCACGGAGGUCAUACUCAAGGCGGGAGAGACUUCCACCGUCCACAUCACGUGGACUGGAGCCGAUACUGCGGAUGGCCCUGUCGUCACCUCGCUCAAGCUAUCCAAACACGUAACAGAGAAGGGAUAUCCAGCGAGUGUGCCGACGUGUUCCUCUCUCUGUCGCAGCUUCGUGUGUUAAUUUCAGCCGAUGUAAUCAGUAAGGAGGCCAUGCUCGACGUGCAGAGCGGCAUACAGAUGGGUCUCAUCACUCCUCUGAGCUAUGGGGGCAGCGGCAAGGGCAUCCAGGCGCCCCUGUCGUCAAAGAGAACAGUCACCAUCACACGGGUAGUGGCGUUCGGCUCGGAGGAUGCUAUCCAGGUGUCCAUUCCUGGCACAUUUACCGUGGAGGGCCCAGCGGACAUCACCUUUAAGGAGCCGCGGACAUCACCUUUAAGGAGCCGCUAA